UGCUGUACUGUCUGGCUGGGACGGAGGGCUUCCACGCUAAGCAGGCGACUGACCACAUUAAACCCAUCAAGAGGCGGUUUUAUCUGUCCGUAAUUGGGAAAUUAUUUGUAUUCGACACAAAUAUCCAUCAGGUUGGAGCUCAGCGGACUUUAUUCUCUCUCUGGCUCGCUUGCAUACGCUUCAGUGAACCACUGCAGCAGCAACAGACCAAGCACGCCGCCGCCGCCGCUGCUGUUGUUGUGAGAGAAGAAAACAAGCUCGGCGAGCUAAGCUGUGUGAUCAUUGACAGAGUUCAAUACACACAAGCUUCAAGUGAUAACUGGUGGGAGCUUUGUACAGCCUUACCUCCAAGCCUCUUCAAGAAAACAACAGCUGGGACUUUUUUUGUCGCUGGUGUCGAGGUGUUACAUGAUAUAUAUUAUUUUUUUAUCUGAGCCACCGUCGGGGCACCUGACCAAUAGGAACAGUUUGCACAAUUUUCACCAGCUCGUCUGAAGCCCCCUCCCAACCCAGACAGUCUUCUGCCCCAGCAUGAAUGAAGUCAGUGUUGUGAGAGAGGGAUGGCUCCACAAGAGAGGUGAAUACAUUAAAACGUGGCGGCCUCGUUACUUCAUCUUAAAGAGCGAUGGCUCCUUCAUUGGCUACAAAGAGAAGCCUGAGGUGUCCAGUGACCACAACCUCCCGCCGCUCAACAACUUCUCCGUCGCAGAAUGCCAGCUGAUGAAGACAGAGCGCCCGAGGCCUAACACAUUUGUCAUUCGAUGCCUGCAAUGGACCUCAGUUAUUGAGCGGACCUUCCAUGUAGACAGCAACGAGGAGAGGGAGGAAUGGAUGCGAUCGAUCCAGGCAGUGGCAAAUAGCCUGAAGAGUCAGCAGCAGGAUGAGGAGCCCAUGGAGAUUAAAUUUGGCUCACCAAGUGACAGCAGCGGCACAGAGGAGAUGGAGAUUGCUGUGUCCAAAUCCCGCACAAAAGUGACCAUGAGUGAUUUUGACUAUCUGAAACUGCUGGGAAAAGGGACAUUUGGUAAAGUGAUCCUGGUGAAGGAGAAGGCCACAGGGAUGUACUACGCCAUGAAAAUCCUCCGCAAAGAAGUCAUCAUUGCUAAAGAUGAGGUGGCACAUACAGUUACAGAAAGCAGAGUUCUCCAAAAUACGCGGCAUCCCUUUCUAACGACACUAAAAUAUGCAUUUCAAACGCAUGACCGGCUAUGCUUUGUGAUGGAAUAUGCAAAUGGAGGAGAACUCUUCUUUCACUUAUCGCGGGACAGAGUGUUCACAGAAGACAGAGCAAGAUUCUAUGGUGCAGAAAUAGUGUCAGCACUGGAGUACCUACACUCACGAAAUGUAGUUUACAGGGAUUUAAAGCUGGAGAACCUCAUGUUAGACAAGGACGGCCACAUAAAGAUAACAGACUUUGGGCUGUGUAAAGAGGGGAUCACAGACGGCGCCACCAUGAAAACCUUCUGUGGAACCCCGGAGUACCUGGCACCUGAGGUGCUAGAGGACAAUGACUAUGGACGUGCAGUGGACUGGUGGGGACUGGGUGUGGUCAUGUAUGAGAUGAUGUGUGGUCGGUUGCCCUUCUACAACCAGGAUCACGAGCGUCUCUUUGAGUUAAUCCUCAUGGAGGAGAUCCGCUUUCCCAAGAACCUGGCCCCUGAAGCCAAGGCCCUGCUCGCCGGCCUGCUCAAAAAGGACCCCAAACAGAGACUUGGAGGCGGACCAGAUGAUGCCAAAGAAGUGAUGAGCCACAAGUUCUUCACCUCCAUCAACUGGCAGGAUGUUCUUGAAAAAAAGCUUAUUCCACCCUUCAAACCCCAGGUGACAUCAGAGACGGACACGCGUUACUUCGAUGAUGAGUUCACAGCACAAACAAUAACAAUAACUCCUCCCGACAAGUAUGACAGUUUAGAUGCAGAGGAUUCAGAUCAGCGCACGCACUUCCCCCAGUUCUCCUACUCUGCUAGCAUACGAGAAUGAUCACUCAGACUCUUGAGCAAGCAGGCAGGCUAACACACGAUCACAAUCCCACAUACACACUUGCACUGCUGGGGAACGACACAAACAAAAACUGGCACAAGACACAUUUUCAUUCGGUCUUUAACGCACACACACACACACACACACAGACACGCACACACACAUCCUGGCAAAUCAGACAAGACAGGGAUCAUCGAGUAUGAAAUGAACACACAGGCCGCGAAUGACUGACCUCAGCAGGUUUGUGUGGAUAGACUGGCAGCUUUGUAUCUGUGUGUCCUCUCAGGGCUGGCUUUAGGCUUCCCUGCAGGACCUCCGCUGCACUACACUGGGGUACCACAUCAAAGCCUUGACACUUUGAAAAAAACCAGGUUAUGCCAGCAAGUACCACCUCUUUACCAGCUGUACCCAUGCUUCACACACACAUACCAACCCAUGCAUAGACUGCAUAUAUAUACACACACAAAUGUACUUGAUAGAAUUUUAAAAAAAAAAGCAUAAUCAAAAUUAGGAACAUGGAAAAGAUUUGGGGAAGAAGACAAAUUUUUAUUUCAUCGAUUGUUACGGUUUUAACUGUAAAGCCAUAUUUCUGCAUUUUUUGUGAUUUUUUUUUUUUUUGGUUGUUUUUAUUAUUUUUAUUUUAACAAGUGCUCUUUCUGGAACUUGCUGUUACAAAUCAAGUGUGGGACUGUUCCUACAGUAAGGGGGAAAUGGGGAAGAGGGGGAGGGGAAGGAGGGUUGCCAUUUCUGUGUUUGCACUGCUCGUGUGUAUAAGCGAAUGGAUGAGUGGACGUGUGAAUGGAUGUAUGAUGUAUGAACUACCAUUUUUAUUCUCAACCAUCCAUUUGUGUCUGUUUUCAUGCAUGUUUUUAAACUCUGAACUAUUGCUGGAAUAUCGAUGAGAGGACACAACAGGACACACUCAAUGGCCUUUUUUUUUAAAGGGAACAAGCAUGUAAUUUAUGAAUGCUGUGACCAGCUUGGCACUAAACUGACUCAGUCAGGAAUAGAAACAGAUCUCUUGCAUGGCUAACCUUUGCUUAAAAAGCUGCAUUAAUUUAACUGAAAGCAGUCAGGCUCUUAGAGUUUGUGUCACUGUAUCCAGACUGACUUACAGACCAACUAGCUGCUGGUUAGAGGUGUAAGUGUUUUCAUGAGGCCAGUCGCACUAUGUGUUGAAGAGAGCAAGAACAUAAGGAAAGAGGAGCAUAGACUAGACGCUUGACCACACUUGUUCCCCAACUUAUCUAGAGAGACCAAUGUAGACGCACACAGCCACUCGCUGUCCUCCAUCCAGUGAUUCUCACUCCCUAGCUGAAGAGUUAGGCACCAAUCUUUUGUUCAUUUUCUAUUUGUAAUAUCAGUAAGUUUUAAAGAUAUUUUUUUAAUGUUCCCAUAUUUAAAAAAAUGAGAGUUCAAUUGUUGUCAAGUCUUUGUAAUAAGGCCAAAAACUGACUGAUUUGGUGGACGUUUAACACUUCAAAUGAUUCCACGUCUGAUGUUUAGAACCCUUUAUUUGUGUUUUUUUUCUUUUAUGAUGUUAUUUAGGCACUUAAAUCUGAGUAGUUAUAUGUCUGGAACAUCAGUCUGCAGGUUUACAAUCCAACUUAACGCUGCAUGAGCUGGUUGACCAACCUUCAACCUGCUGACAGGGCAAACGAAUCAAAACACCAGCUGAUGCAUUGUUACGUUGAAAUGAAAAUGUGCAUACUUUGAGUCAUGAGGGCACAUGAUAACACACACAAGUGCUCAUAUUGACACAAGUAUUUUAUAUUCCAUACUGCUGGAAGAGAUGUUGGUUGCUCUUUGAGCUUCAUUAAAGGAACAUCAAGUUUG